UUUGCACCUGACAGACAUGGCGGACGCGGUGGGUCUAUGGUGAACGGAACAAUGAGCCAGGGAGCCUCCGAGAGCGAGCCUGAGGCCAAGGCGCUGCACACCAAGAGGCUGUACCGGGCGGUAGUGGAGACCGUGCACCGACUGGAUCUGAUUAUUAACAACAAGACCGCCUACCAGGAAGUGUUUAAACCUGAGAAUAUCAGCCUCCGGAACAAGCUGCGAGAGCUCUGCGUGAAGCUUAUGUUCUUGCACCCCGUGGAGUAUGGCCGCAAAGCAGAGGAAGUCCUGUGGCGCAAGGUGUACUACGAAGUGAUCCAGCUCAUCAAAACAAACAAGAAGCACAUUCACAGCCGCAGCGCCCUGGAAUGUGCGUAUCGCACUCACCUGAUUGCAGGCGUCGGAUUUUACCAGCACCUCCUUUUAUACGUACAGUCUCAUUACCAGCUGGAGCUGCAAUGCUGCAUCGACUGGACCCACGUCACGGACCCGCUGAUCGGCUUCAAGAAGCCGGUGUCCGCUUCGGCCAAAGAGAUGGAAUGGGCGCAGAUGGCGUGCCAUCGAUGUCUCGUGUACCUGGGGGACCUGGCUCGGUAUCAGAAUGAGCUGGCCCUCGUGGACACCGAACGGCUGGCCGAAAGAUUCUACUACCAGGCGCUGACUGUCGCGCCGCAGAUCGGAAUGCCCUUUAACCAGCUGGGCACUCUGGCUGGGAGUAAGUACUAUCACGUGGAGGCUACCUACUGCUACCUGCGCUGCAUCCAGUCCGAGGUGUCUUUUGACGGGGCCUACGGGAACCUGAAGAGACUCUACGAGAAAGCGGCCAAAAUGUAUCACCAGCUGAAGAAGGGGGAGACCAGGAAGCUGCCUCCCAGCAAGAAAAGGUGUAAGGAUAUAAAGCGGUUCCUGGUGAGUUUCAUGUACCUACAGAGUUUCCUGCAGCCAAAGAGCAGCUCGGUCGACUCAGAGCUGACCUCCCUCUGCCAGUCUGUGCUGGAGGACUUCAACCUCUGCAUGUUCUACCUACCGUCAUCGGCCAACCUGAGCUCCGCCAGCGAGGAUGAGGAGGAAUACGAUGGAGGGUACUCCUUCCUGCCCGAGCUGCUGGUAUUCCGGAUGGUAGCCAUCUGCCUGAUGAGCGUCCACAGCCUCAAGCGAGCAGAUUCCAUGCAGUACAGCACGGCCAUCGCUUUCACCCUUGCCCUCUUCUCCCAUCUGGUCAACCACGUUAACAUCCGACUACAGGCUGAGCUGGAGGAGAAUCCCGUGCCCGCCUUCCAGAACGAUACCCCAGAUGACCCAGAUUCGAAAGAGAUUUCAGAUGUUAUCGCGAGAGACCAGGUAACUGAGGCGGAGAUACCGGGGAAUCAGGUGAACAAACAGCUGAAGCCAAAGAACGGCAAGAAGAGCCACAAGUACUCGCGCCUCUCUCGUCUCCGUAGACGUAGGCACGCGCGGAAGGUGGAUGAGAGUGAUUUGAGCGAGGGUUUCGACUCGGACUCCAGUCGCGGCUCAGGCAAGGGUAGCGAGAACUCGGAGAGUGCGUCGGAGAAGAGCGACGAGGAGGCUGCUUUUGAUAUGGAGACAGACUCUGAUAUGAACAGCCAAGAAUCACGUUCCGACUUGGAGGACAUGGAUGACGACAAUGGAGAGGAGAACACGAGGUCUAAAGAAGCAAAAAAUACCUCAAAAACGUUGGCAGAGGAGCACGAGAUAAAGCCUGGUAAUGCCACCAAUUCUGAGCUCCCCGAGCCACCGGCAAACGGACCGGUGCCAGCUAGCGGUGAAUCCAGCAUCGCCAGCAACCUGCAGGCUAUGUCAACACAGAUGUUUCAGACCAAGCGCUGCUUCCGUCUCGCGCCAACGUUCACUAACAUGUUUGUGAAGCCCACGACGGAGCCGGCCGCCCCCACCUUGGACAAGGCUGUCCCUCUAGUGAAUGGUGACGCGGGGAAGUCUGUCCCGCCAGAACAAGAAGAGGCUUCGGAUUCCGAGGAGAGCGUUCUGAGUAGCAAAUCGUGUCGCAAUGAGAGAAGCCUCCAGGAGAGAUUGGAGAUUAUCACCAGCGAGGGGCUCCUGACCAGCGUCAAGACCUUUCUCGACUGGCUGAGGGCCAACACGGACAUUAUUGUCAUGUGUGCGCAGAGCUCUCAGAGUCUGUGGAACAGAUUGUCCGUCCUUUUAAAUCUAUUACCGGCUGCAUCCAAGAUCCAGGAAUCCGGGAUCGCCCUGCGCAGUGAAGUGAAAACCCUUCUCCAGGAGGCUGAACUUCCUGAGAUCCGAAACCACGUGUUGCUCCCGGAGGACACUGCCCUGCGGAACCUGCCCCCGCUGAAGGCUGUGCGCAAGAAGCUUAAUUUUGAGCAGGAAAGGCCGGGGCUCACAUCUCUGGAAGAGUCGAUCGUGCGGUGCUGUUACAUCCGAAGCUUCGGCCACUUCCUGACUCACCUGCAAGUCAACGUCCUGCACUUUAACCCCGAGCUGGGCAUCUUCACCAGCAUCUCCGACUCCGAGCAGGACAACCUCCUCCAUCAGGCGCAGGCUCAGUUCCGUAUGGCUCAGGAAGAAGCACGGAGGAAUCGGCUCAUGAGGGACAUGGCACAGCUGAGGCUCCAGCUGGAGGUCUCGCAGCUAGAGGGCACCCUGCAGCAUCCCAAGUCACAGUCUGCCAUGUCUCCAUACUUGGUCCCCGACACCCAAGCGCUCUGCCAACAUCUGGGCAUCAUCCGGCAACUGGCCAGCAGCGGCAGGUUCAUCGUUAUCAUCCCGCGUACAGUUAUAGACGGCUUGGACUUCCUGAAAAAGGAAAAUGCCGGCGCCAGAGAUGGGAUCCGAUACCUGGAAGCAGAAUUUAAAAAAGGAAACCGGUAUAUUCGCUGUCAGAGAGACACCGGUAAAAGCUUUGAAAGAAAUAAGCUGAAGAGGCAAGACAUGAAUGCGUGGCUUCUGUAUAAAAUCCUGGACAGCUGCAAACAGCUCACCGUGUCUCAAGGGGGCAACGAGGAGGACACGGCCGGGAUGGUGACGGUUAUAAUGGGCUUAGCGCUCGCAGACACAGACUGCCUAACGGCCGCCAUGCAGAGUGCUUUACAGGCGGCCUCCAACGCCAGCAUCGAGGUCAAGAACGUGAUGAGCUUCUACAAGCAGUGGAAGGAGAUGGGCUGAGCGAUGGCAGCCGGCGCAAGCCCUGGAAGAAUAAUCUUGGGACCCCCCCUCUCAGCCGCCGCGUUCUCCUUCCAAAUCACAGAUGGGCGACCAAAAGGUUAAACCUAAGAAAUCGGAGAGAAAAAAAUAAUAUACAUCGGCAGUUUAAAAAAAACACAAAA